UGUCGGGUUAAGCCUCGCUUCGACGGCGGCACAUCGGGGCGCAACACAUUAUGCCGCUCGGGUUGCAACAAGGCUGCUUCGAAUGGGUUCCUGGAGGCGGUUCCUUUGUGCUUGGAUGGGCUGCGGCCCCUGAGAGACGAUGGAGCCUGGCGCCAUGACCGAGGCGGGAGGCAAGACUCCAGGAAUGGAGACCAGAAAGCUCAUUACUGCAACAGACAACCAGUACUCUGGUAUGCUGUUAAAGGCUUUGGAUGAACAGCGUGGCCAUGGAGUUUUCUGUGAUGUUACUGUCAUUGUGGAGGACCGGAAAUUUCGAGCCCACAGAAAUGUCCUUUCAGCUUCAAGCACUUACUUUCACCAGCUCUUCUCAGUUGCAGGACAAGUGGUGGAGUUGAACUUCAUAAGAGCGGAGAUUUUUGCAGAAAUUCUGAACUACAUUUACAGUUCCAGAAUAGUCAGAAUAAGAUCAGACUUGCUCGAUGAAUUAAUUAAAUCCGGGCAAUUGCUUGGAGUUAAAUUUCUUGCUGAUCUGGGUGCUCCUCUGCAGCAGGUGAAAAACAUGUCAGGGGGUAUCACAUCUGGCACUUCAGAACGGUCCAAUUCGGAUGCAAAUGGCCUUGAAGCACAAAAGCCUCCAAUGCAGCUUGGGAGUCAAAACCUAAUUGCUGGGAAACCUGUUAUAACGGAAUCCUUUUCUUUGUAUGGGGAGGAGUGUGAUGCCACAAAGAUUACCAUUAGUGAUUCUGAUGAUGAUGAUGUCAUCUUCUGCUCAGAGCUUGUGCCUCCAAAGGACCGACCCCUGGAGACUAAAUCUGUAACCCAGAACCAGCCUUGUCCAAACUCUGCUGGGGGCGCUGACCAAACAAACUGUAGCAGCACUGGUUCUCCUCCUCGGCCAGCCAUAGUGGCAGCUCCAAGACCUGAAUUAUCUACUGUUCAGCUGAAUCCAACUGAAAACCAAGUGUUUACUGAACCUUCUGUUCCAAAACAGGUGACUUCUAAUGUCCUUAUGCUAAGUCAGUCACAAACCAGUGCUUCAUCAGAUGUUGGUUCAUCACAUGAAAUUGAGGUCUCUCCUAUACCUGAGGAGAAUCAGCAGCCAUCUAAUAAUGAUUCCUUAACUGACAUGGAAACAAAUGCCAUCGAUGAGGAGGAAGAUGAGGAAGAUGUGGAGGACGAUGAUGACAUUCUUGGUUCAUCUAGCCCAGGUUCUGCAAGCAGCAGCUCUUUGGUUCAGCAGCCCACAACCCCCAAACCUGCUGCAGCUGAGGCAGCAGGAAUACAGAAGAAGCAAGCAGUUAAUUUUCCGCAAGAACCACCUGCCCCAGCCACAGAAUUCAAAAUAAAAAUCUCAGAUGUUCUUUCUGGAAGCAACAAAGAUUCCACAGCAGGUGUUGCCCCAAAGCAUGUAACGGAAGGCCAGAAGACAAUAACUUUGGAUACAGCCACUGAAAUAGAAAGCUUGUCUACUGGUUGCAAGGUUUAUGCUAACAUUGGUGAAGAUACCUAUGACAUAGUCAUUCCGGUGAAAGAUGAGGCUGAUGGGGAAGUCAGGCUUGAUGAUGUGCCCAGAACGUCAGGGGAUGAUCCUGCAAACAGAAAGCGUCUGAAAGUGAAACAUGAUGACCACUAUGAGCUCAUAAUGGAUGGAAAGGUCUAUUAUAUCUGCAUUGUGUGUCGAAGGUCCUACGUUUGUCUUACAAGUUUGCGGAGACAUUUUAAUGUUCAUUCCUGGGAGAAGAAGUAUCCAUGUCGCUAUUGUGAUAAGGUUUUCCCUCUUGCGGAAUACCGUACCAAGCACGAAAUACAUCACACUGGUGAGCGAAGGUACCAGUGCUUGGCAUGUGGUCAGUGUUUUAUCAACUAUCAGGUCAUGGCUACACAUAUAAGAUCAGUCCAUAGCCAAGAUCCUUCUGGAGAGUCCAAGCUAUACCGUUUGCAUCCUUGUAGGUCCUUGCAGAUCAGAAAUUAUGCUUAUAUUUCAGGUGGUUCCAACAAUAUACCGAUGGUAAAUGACAAUAGUCUUGCGUAUCCAGUCGUUCCAGUAAAAGAUGCCUCUCAAGAAGCAGCACCAGCGCCUCCAGCAAAGCCAAUGACCUGGGAUGAUAUCUUUGUUUCACAAGGAAAUGAAUCACUUUUUAAACAAAACCCAUCAGAUGGUAGUACUGAAUUUGAGUUCGUGAUACCAGAAUCUUACUGAAAUGAUCUCCAAUGAAAACAUUUCGUGGCAGGGGGUAAAGUUCUUUUUGAACAAGCUGCUGUUUUAAAACAUCUCAUAUCAGAACAAGUCAGUUUAUUAUACCUAGCCAGUAAGAGGUAGUAUUUUAAAAGUAGAAUACUUGUAAGCUUCAGGUGAUGUUGCUGGAAAUAAUGGUCAGAAAAAAAAACCUUACUUGAAUACAGGAAAAGGCAUUUCCAGGGAAAUUAACCGUUAAUGUGCUUAGCUCAUCAACAUGGAUAAAAAUUUCAAAGUCAUAGUUUGAAAACUACUGCUUCUUUACAAUAAUGGGAACCUUUCCUAAGUACUUGCAUAAUAAUAGGGAUAUUUUUUCCCUUUGAACCACUUACUAUGUAAUCCUUUCUUUCAUAUUAGCACUUUACUGCUGAAAAUUGUUUCAGUGCUAACACAGAUAUACGCUCAAGGUAGAUUUGGAGGGUAGAAUACUUGUGUGUGUGUGUUUUUUUUAAUAGAAACAAACACAGUCUUUAGUGGAUGGCACAGUGCUAUGAGGGUCCAAUAAUCCUGUCCAUGAAUCAGGUAUGUUCCCUUUUUUGUUGUUUUUAGUGGCAUUUUGAUCAUGUUCUUCAUAAAAUGCUCAUAACAUAAGCUUGCCACUUUGGAGGGUGAAAAUCCUCAGUCUGGUAAAGUGAUCAAGUUCUAUUUAUAUUUGGAAUUUAGAUUUAUCCAGUGGCUGGACCAUUGUACUUUUUCUUUUACAUUGGAGGGGCCCUGUCAAUCAGAAUGUCAAGUGACAUUGAAAAGUGGCGUGCCAACUAUUUUUUUCAAAGGCUGAGGAAUUACAUCAGCUUAUCUUACUGAAAGCAUGUUGCCAGUUCGAUUAUGUUGCUGUCUUCCCAUUUUGGGAAAAAUCUUUGAUAAGUACAGUUUUAUAGCUGAAGGCUACAUAAAUUGGUUCCCAAAGUUAAGCACUGUAAAUUAUACGUCUGAUCCUUACUGAAUUUACUUCGCGUUUUUGGUCAGUUACUUUGAAGUGAAGUCAAACUUUCAUUUAUGUAGAUUUGGGGGAUUUUGCUAAGGAUUAUUGCAUCCAUUAGAACCUUGGAAAAAUAAUUGUGUGUGUUGACAGGUUCACCUGUCUCUUAGGAAAAAACCGUCACAAGUUUUCCAUAGCACUCUUGCCAAUUGGGCCACACCUUUUAGGUGCUUUGGUAGUAGCAAAAGUUCAGCUAAAGCAAGAAACGGUAGCCCUGAAUAUGAUUUGCUUGCCAAUUAUGUAGUCAGUCAUAUUCCACUAAGCAUCAUCUUGAAUUUUUGUAAAUUUUAUAAUAUGAAAAAACCUUUAUAGAAGACUGAAAAGGUUGUGAUGAAUAGAACUAGUUAGCGAUCGGUGGGAUCAUGUUCAGUUUCUUCUCUCCUUCACUUUAGGAUUUCCCCCCUUCUUUUCAUGCUUUUUGAAAUAAACUUUUUUCAUGUUCUGAAUAAUCAUUCCUUUACCUUUUUUUUCAGUUUUUUUUUAAAAAUGCUGCUUUUUCUGGCCAGAAAGUGACAUUUUGUUGUAAGGUAAACGAGUCAAAAGUAACAAGCUAUAAUAGAAGGGUGUCAGAAAUCAGUGUUUGUAGUAAAGAAAGAAAAGUGAAUGUUUGCGUAGGUGUGAAAAUGCAAAUCCUCUGUUCUCUUUACUGAGAUUACACUUGUAUAUGGGUGACAUUUCUUUAAAAUUCAUUUUGUAAAUCAUGUUCUAAAAUUGGCAUGCCAUGUUUAAAUCUGAUCUGUGAAAUUUUCUUAAAUUCACUAACUAGUUGAAUUGAAGUUGUGUAUGCUGUCAGAUAAAGGGAGCAUAUGAUAGUGUUUCCACUGUUUUGAAGUUUCCCUGACAUUUUAUGACUUAACAAGACCUCUCUUAGAGAAACCAAUAUUACUUGCCCAUAAUAAAAGAAAAUUCCCUACCACUCAUUAGAAAGAGAGGUUGGUGUAUUAUAUUUGGAGCACGUCAGAUCUGGAGCAUGGCAUGCUCUAUUUCUAGAAAAUACUGGUUAUUGAUACUUCAUACUGAGGCUCUUUAUAAAUGUGCCUAUUGAAGGUGUCUUUUUAUUAAAGAAAAACUGGAAAAA